AUGAUUUUCUCAAGAAUCAGUAACAUCAUCACCUUUAUAACCCUCCUCACACCCACUCUCUCCAUGCCCGCAACUCUUUCCCCUCGAACAGACUUCAUCUGUACGACUGGAAGUCCUCAAUGCUGCGAUAUCAAUGUCUUAGGAGUCGCUGAUUUGAAUUGCGAAGCUCCACCAGAAGCAUUCCACGAUGUAGCAUCUUUCAACGAAGUCUGUGCUUCUGUUGGGAAAAUCAACAUGUGUUGCAUACUCCCUGUCUUGGACCAAGGUCUCCUCUGCAAUUCUCCAGAUACUUCAUAA